AUGAGUCGGCCUACAAUCGUACGUAAGGCAUUCGUACACGACAGAGCAGCGCAUCUUACCUUCUUAGAGCGUUGCAUUCUGCGGCACCAGCCUAGUACGCUUUUGAAUCAGCUGCCAAACAAGGCCUUCCCCCCUUAUGAUCUAAUUGAUGAGGGGACCCUCCAGACCCUGUUUGAGACCGCAUUUUUACACUCUGGGCAAAUACCAACAGAGAUCUCGGCGCUAUACCGGCUAUAUUUUGGUCCCAGGUCCGGAGUAUGUGCAUCGAGCAGCAGAAGCACUUAA